UAAUGCUAUAUAUAAUGCAGCGUAACCGGUGUACAAACAUAAGUCGGGUAUGAAAUAUUUAACAGUAAGCAGAAAUUAAACUGAAAAUAAAUAAAAAAUAAAUAUAUCGUUCAAAGCAAAAUGAAAAAUAAACUUUCCCGCCAAAACAGCAGUGAUUUGCAUAAAGCGGAAACGGAACUGUGUUUGUUAUUAUUACAAUGCGAAUUUUGUAAAUAAAAAACCCAUAACAGCGUCAGAGUUAGCAGAGUUAGCUGCAGCAUGGCGACGGAGGGAGAGAGUGAGAGACAGAGAGAAGGAGAGAGAGAAGGAGAGAGAGAAGGAGAGAGAGAGGAGGCGACCGUGUCUCUGGUGGACGUGCUGGAGGAGGAUGAGGAGCUGGAGCAGGAAGCGUCGGCUGUGCUGGGAGGAAGCGACUCGGAGAAGUGUUCAUACCCUGAGGGCCAUGUGAAGCGUCAGGCUCUGUAUGCGUGUAACACCUGCACACCAAAAGGAGGAGAACCAGCAGGAAUCUGUCUCGCAUGUUCAUACAAGUGUCAUGAAGGUCACGAACUGUUUGAGCUCUACACCAAGAGGAAUUUCCGGUGUGACUGUGGGAAUGAGAAGUUUGGAGAGAUGGAGUGCAGGUUAUUCCCAGAGAAAGAGAAGACCAACUGUGGAAAUAAAUACAGUCACAAUUUUUUCGGUCUGUACUGCACGUGCGAGAGGCCGUACCCCGACCCGGAGGACGAGGUUGCAGAUGAGAUGAUCCAGUGUGUGGUGUGUGAGGACUGGCUGCAUGGCCGGCACUUGGGCUGUGUGGUCCCGGAGUGUGUGGAACUUCAAGAAAUGAUCUGUGAGUCCUGCAUGAAUAAAUCUCCGUUCCUCUGGACCUACGCUGCUCACCUCGCUGUGAGUCCUACGGUGAAGGUGUGUAAAGAAGAGGAGGACGGCGCGAGAGUGGAGGUGGAGCAUGAUGAAGAGGAGAAUAAAACAGAAGUCAGGAGCUCACCGAAUGAAAAGGUGGAGGCGUGUGAGAAGGUGGAGGCGUGUGAGAAGGUGGAGGCGUGUGAGAAGGUGGAGGUGAACGGGACGUCCGGUUGUAAGAGGAAGCGGCAGGAGGCUGAAGGUUCAGGAUGCAGGUUUCAGGAGAUGAAGAUGUCAGGAAAGAGCCGUGUUCAGCAGGGAGCCGUGUUCUGGCCCUCAGCGUGGCGCACUAAACUCUGUUCCUGUCAACGCUGUAAGUGUGUGUUCGCGGAGGGCGGAGUCUCCUUCCUGUUGGAUGACACCGACACGGUGCUCGCUUACGAGAACAAGGGCAAAACCACAGAGCAGGCAAACGGAGGGGAGGCUCGAGACCCACUCAUGUCUGCUCUCGACAACCUGAACCGUGUUCAGCAACUCGAGAUCAUUCACGAGUAUAACGAUAUGAAGACAGAGCUGAAGGAUUACUUGCAGAGAUUUGCAGCAGAGGGAAAGGUGGUGACUCCAGAAGACAUCCGUCAGUUCUUUGAAGAGCAGCAGAGUCGUAAGAGACGGAGAGCCAACGCCGAGCAGUACUACUGCAGCUGAACCUGCCUUCUGUAACCCAAACCCUCCGUGUUCACAGUCCUGCUCUUUCUCUAAUAAAUAUAACUCUACAGAUGCAGCCACCGAUCCAGAAGCCACGGUGUUGGUUAUAAGGUUCUGCGUCCGGUGCAGCUGUUACACCGAGACGUUAAAAGAUAUUCCUGAAUAAAUGAGUUCGAUGUUCAGCACACGGCGAAGUGUCCGGAUGUAAAGCCCAGGGUUCACGUCACACGUCACGUUUUUGGUUCGUCUCCCGAUAAGGAAUCGGAUUGAGGAUUCGUCUGGGACAAGAAUUUGUUGUGACCAAGUAACGAUUUUAUUCUAAUUGUUUUAUCUGUACUUUACUCCUCACAUUACUUUGUAAAUGUAUCUUUGAGAGAUUAAACGUAUUAAUACUUUGAA